CCUUAAGGAAUUAAUUAAUUUUCAUUUUCCAGUCUGUCAGUCUUGUUGAAGAGAUUUUGCUCAGUGUAUAGCAAGGUCGCUGUGACAAAUUUUGACAAAAUCCAAAUUCAAGUGUUUUUUGGUUUCGCAAGCACAUGAGCUCAGUGAGAAAGAACAGACUGAGAUGACAAGGAGAACAGCCAAUCCUGUUACAUUUGUCUUUCUUAUUACUGACUUGCCAUGAUAAAUAUGGAAAAUUAUAUUUGGCUAGAAGGAGGCUGAGAAAGGGAACAGAUGGCCACCAAAAGAAUACUAGAGCAGCUAAUAGUCACUGGCAUAUUUCCGGGAGAGAAAUUUAAAUCUGAAGCCAAGCAGAAGCAUUAUCCAUUUUUUUCUGCUCAGGGCACUGUGCAUGGAACUGCUCCUGCAAUGCUCUGACUAGAGGAAGGUGGGCUUCCUGAAAUGCCUUUGCUGAAUGGAAUAAACAGCUCCUGUCCUGCACUUAACAGCUCUCGCAAUAAUGCUGACAGAAAUAGUUGACAAGUCUUCCCAUGUGGAUGCUUUUUCUCAGUCUCAGCUGACUGUUCAAGAGAGGGACCAUCUGGGCUCUAACAGAGUCUUCCAUCAGAGAGUCAGUCGUGGUGUCCUUUCCCUCCCACAUCUGGAAGGUCAAGUGAAGCAUAGUCUGGCUGCAGAUGCUGCAAACCCUCCCCCCUUUGAGAGCAGCCUGCCUCAAAUAGCAAAUAAGAGCUUGCAGAGUGUCCUCCCCUCUUUUCAGGAAAAUGGAACUCAAGGCAAUUUUCCUCAAUUUAACCUUCCAGACAGUCUUCCUGAGAGUGAUACCAGAGUCCAUACAAAACCAUCCGAACUGGAGAGCACCAGCAUCGGGGUCAAACUGCCUAUGACAGCUUCAGAAGCCUUGAAAAAUUUUAGAAACCAGUUAACAGUCUAUGAGCAAAAAGAAAUUUUCAAUUAUACAGAGCUCUGGUUUCUUGGCCUGGAAGCUAAAAAGAUUGAAGGUUUGCCUGAAACCCAGAAUAAUAAUUGUUAUGAUGAUGAGCAUGGUUCCUACUUAAAGGUUUUACAUGACCACAUUGCCUACCGCUACGAAGUCUUGGAGGUCAUUGGGAAAGGGUCGUUUGGGCAGGUGGCCAAAUGCCUGGAUCACAAAACCAAUGAGUUAGUGGCAUUGAAAAUAAUAAGGAAUAAGAAAAGAUUUCACAGCCAGGCUUUGGUAGAAGUGAAGAUCCUUGAUGCUCUGCUGAAGAAAGACAAAGAUGAUACUCACAAUAUCAUCCACAUGAAGGAAUACUUCUACUUUCGCAAUCACUUCUGUAUCUCCUUUGAACUGCUAGGAAUAAAUUUGUAUGAGCUGAUCAAAAAGAACAAUUUCCAAGGCUUCAGCCUGUCAUUGAUUCGCCACUUCACUCGGUGUGUGCUGAGGUGCUUGCAAGUGCUCUACCAGGAAAGAAUCAUUCACUGUGAUCUGAAGCCUGAGAACAUACUAUUAUACCACAAUGGGCAAGGUUCAGUCAAAGUUAUUGAUUUUGGAUCAAGCUGCUAUGAAGACCAAAGAGUGUACACCUAUGUUCAGAGCCGCUUUUAUCGCUCCCCUGAGGUGAUUCUUGGUCAUCCUUACGCUAUGGCUGUUGAUAUGUGGAGCUUAGGCUGUAUCAUAGCAGAGCUUUACACAGGCUACCCACUGUUCCCAGGGGAAAAUGAAGCUGACCAACUUGCCUGCAUCAUGGAGGUAUUGGGUCUUCCACCAGCUGAUUUUAUCCAGGCUGCGUCAAGGAGGAGAACUUUCUUUGAUUCCAAAGGUUUUCCUAAAUCCAUAACUAACAGCAAGGGGAAAAAGAGAUGCCCAGACUCCAAGGAUCUAAGCACAGUGCUGAACACCCAUGAUGCUGGUUUCUUGGACUUCUUGAAAGGAUGCUUAAUGUGGGAGCCCUCCCUGCGCAUGACUCCUGAUGAAGCGAUGAAACACGCGUGGAUCCAGGAGCCAAAAAUCUUCCGGAAAACACAGGCCCCAAGGAAGAUGAGUGAUGGCUCCUUCUGUGCACUGGAAAAUAGAAGAGAGACUAUUCAGAAUCUCUGGAAAAAUGCAGCUGACAAAGUGAGAAGUGAACUGGCUGACAGACUGACUCCUUUCACAGGCACAGCAGAAAGUGAUGUGCAGAACACAAGGAAGCAUGCUAUUCCAGAGAAAUACUUUGAAAACCACAUGGAAAAGCCUAUUAAAUAUGAUCAAGCAGAAGACAGUGGUGAAAGAGCUCUUCCAAAAACAUCUCUUUUUUUCCCACCAAUUAAGUAACACAGAGCACAAGCUAUGACUGGCUCAGUUGCAUACCUAGUGUAUUUUGUAGGUAUUAUUUGUACUCAGGAAUAUAAGCUAUAUCUGUCUGUUCAUGGGCUGUGCACAUUGUAAGUAUAUUUAAUGUUCUUUUUACCCUGAAAUCAUCUAGUCAACCAAAACAGAAUUUGAGAACCAUUCCUUUUCCUCAUCUCCAUCUUUGUGAUCAGAGAUUCUUCACAACCAGCAGCAAUAAAAUGGAGACUGUAGAGGUGGAGAAUGGUUUAUUCUUGGUGUUAUAACAGACUUUUGAAUUUUAUAUUUUCCUGGAUCUAAAAGAACAGAUGUGUUGACUGAAGAAUCUGAAUCAUUUUUCUUACAGCAGCAUAAGUCAGGAAUAAUUCAUGGAUAAGAUUACUGAAUUUACUUAUGUAUAAAACAAAUAAGAGAAAUCAAACCCAGGAUCCUCAUUUUCCUCCUGCUCCAUCUUCCUCUUUUUAUAGUGAAGCUGCUAGAUGAAAACCAUUGUCACACCAUCCUAACAGAUUUAGAAAUGUAAAUUAUGCUCUUUAGCUCUCUAGCAACAACAAAGCAGAAUGGUAUUCUGGGCCCAUUUCUGCAGGGACUCAACAGGAAGAAUGGAUUAAAGCAAGCGGGUUUGAUUUGGGAAAAUUGUCCUUCAUGGCAAGUUUAACUUAAUACUCUGAAAUAAACCCAACAAAAGCCAAACUAAUUUCUAUGAUA